AUUUUGGUGGUGGAAUGAAAUUGUAUUCAUUUGUUUGUUAUGUGAUAGUAUGAUGUCAUUCCUGAGGAAAGAAAGAUUCAACUUUUAUCUGCAAAAUUAGUAGGAUUAAUUUUUUUUUUUUUUUUUUUAUAACUUUAUGCAAUGUAAAGACAAAAUUCGUUCAUGAGAACGAAUUCAUUUAUGGUGGUUCCUUCUGUUAUUAAUCUGAUUAUUUAAUACUUUUUUGACUUCCAUAGAAUGUUAAACUAUUUCUUACAUUGUCAAUGAAACCCACCAACCUUUCUGUAAUAUUUUUCCAAAAGAAUUCAAACUUCAAGCUACAUAGUAUAUACAUUUUCAUGUCACAUUGUCAACAAACUGGGUAUUUUAUACAUUUUCAUGUCACAUUGUCAACAAACUGGGUAUUUUAAUUGGAACAUAUCUUAUUGUCUUUGAAUUUGAUUGUUCAACCCCAAAGAAAUGCUUUCAACAAAUUCAUACACUUAUUUGUUUAUCCAAUGCAGACUGCUUCAUUUAUAAUCAUGCUCUAUGGUUUUAAGACUUUCAUGUGAUUGGUUUUCAUUCUCAUGAAAGUACUAGGAAAUUUCUUUUGUUUCUGUUUUCACCAAUUUUUAUUGUUAGUUUGUUGCACCCAAACAAUUCUCCAUCGAAGACUCAAAAUAUAGAAAAACUGCCAUUGUUUCUUUAUAUUAUCUAUGAGAUAUAAUUUUGUCGGUGAAGGAAAUUAAAUUUCAUUUCAUUACCAAUCAAAUCAAGCUAGUAGGAUGAUGAGAAUAAUUAUUAGCCACUUACGUCAAUUGUUGACUCAACUUUUCAUAACUUCUGCAUAUAAGACUGGGUUGUGCAAGUUCCAACUUUAUAUCAGUCUGUAAUUAGUUAUUUAAUUUGUCAUUUUCUCUUGAAAAUAAGAACUUUUUCUCUUGUGAAUGAGAACCUCGAACGUUUCCCUUUCUGUUCCCACUACUCCUACAUGAUGCUUUGAAAUGUUCUUUGCUACCUAUUUUAUAAAUACACAAUCAAUGCUAAAGCUAAUAUUCAAAAAAAAAUUGUUCUUACUUUUUAAAAUGGGAGAUCUUCUUCGGUUAGGUAUCAUACUAAUUGUUAAGUCAAUCAUUCAUUUCGAGUUUGACUAUCUUAGUUCGCAGAUAAACCAUUCUUUAGGGGUCGGAUUUUUAAUUCAGAGAGAGAAAACAAAACAUACAUGUUGCAUAUAAUACAAAGUACAGUAAAAAAGGCAUAUACUAGUAAUUGCUUUUGUUCGAUAUCUGCUUAGACUUUCCAUCUCCUUUUUUGUGUCUAACAUGAAAACAUCCAAAGCUUCUUUUGUUUCUUGCUGUAUCUUGUGCUGUUUUCUUUGUUUAUCUCAUUCCCUAGACACACUCAGACCUGGAAAUAUUUUACAUAGCAAUGAAACAUUGAUUUCUGCUGUUGGGGUGUUUGAGCUGGACUUUUUCACUUCCAGUAAAUCAGGUUAUCAGUACCUGGGAAUCUGGCUAAAGAAUGACAGAAACCAAAAGCCAGUCUGGGUUGCAAACAGAGAAAAUCCACUCGGGUAUACCUCUGCAAUUCUUAGAAUAUCGUAUGAUGGGAACUUGGUCAUGAGUGAUGCAAGAACAAUUUCAAUUAUUGUCAAUGCUGGAGCAGUAGCAACAAGUAACAAGACAAGUGCAAAAUUACUUGAUUCAGGGAACCUAAUUCUGAUGGAUGGACAAAAGACCAUAUGGCAGAGCUUUGAUUACCCGACUGACACAUUUCUCCCUGGGAUGAACUUGGGGUGGUUUAAUAUAGACACAGAUUAUCCAAGGACACUGUAUCUUUCAUCAUGGUUAAGUCCUUCCGAUCCUAAUAGAGGUUUUUAUUAUCUUGGCCUUGAUGCAAGUGACAGGACAAAGUUUAAUGUCUGGCACAAAGGCCGUGCUUACCAACACAUUGGCUUUUGGGAUGGCCAUGUAUUCAGAUUCUUUUUCCAAAGCUCAUUAGAUAAUCAUCAAAACUUUAGCUUUGUAUCAAACAGCAAAGAUAUUUACCUCACUUUAAACAGCAGAGAAAGUAACAUAAUUUCAUGGUUUGUUUUAGCUUCAGAUGGGUCAAUCAACGAGUUCAGGAUGGUGGGUCAGGACAUCUCAAGUGUGAAUUAUUCCCUAUGUGAUACCAUGCUGCCGCACAAUUCUACAGGGUGCUGGCUAUUUAAGCCAUCAAUAUGCAAAGAUGGCGAUAAUUUCUCAGACAUCAAAGGGUUAAUCCCAAAUUCAAUGGUAGUUACUUGGGAAGGUCACAUGGGUCCAAGAGACUGUGAGCUAACGUGCAAGAGCAAUUGUUCAUGUGUUGCAUAUGCUUCUUUUGAUGAUGAUGGAACUGGAUGUGAACUUCUCAGUGGACAUAAAGCAGAUCUUCUUAACAACAAAGGGAGAGGAAACAAAACCAUUCAUAUACGUUCAGACGCUUCUAAUUCUGAUAAUGAGAAAAAGAGGAAGAUAGUAACCAUCAUCAUCGUCCUACUGAUUCCUUUGAUUUUGAUGAUUUCUAUCAAAUUUUUAUUUUGCUUAUGGGUAAAAUUCAACUGUUCAGGAAUAAAUAGGAGCCAAGUAGGAACCAGAGAAGUUCACACAUCUUUAACAUCCCAGAUAAGUACAAACAAUGAUGAUCCUAGUGGAGCAAACCUUAUUGAACUCAGCAGGAAGAAUGAUCAUGAGCUUCCUCGGCUUAGUUUUUCUAGUGUAGUGAAAGCCACCGAUAACUUCUCUGUUUUGAAUAAGCUUGGUGAGGGUGGGUAUGGACCUGUUUAUAAGGGAAAGCUACAAGGGUAUGAAAUUGCAGUCAAAAGGCUGUCAAAAAAUUCUGGACAAGGAAUGGCAGAAUUCAAGAGUGAGGUAGAGUUGAUUUCUAAGCUGCAGCACAGAAAUCUUGUCAAACUCUUGGGUUGUUGCAUUGAGAGAGAAGAAAAGAUAUUAAUCUAUGAGUACAUGCCUAACAGAAGCUUGGACUCUUUCAUAUUUGAUCCAGUGAAGCAACAGCUACUCGAUUGGAGGAAACGCAAACACAUCAUAAAGGGGAUUGCCCAAGGUCUUCUUUAUCUUCACAAGUACUCAAGAUUAAGAAUUAUUCACCGUGACCUGAAAACCAGCAACAUCUUGUUGGAUGAUUACAUGAACCCCAAAAUAUCAGAUUUCGGAAUGGCAAGAAUUGUUUUAGACAACAAAAGUAGAAACGAAACAAAGAGGGUCGCUGGAUCAUUUGGUUACAUGUCACCAGAGUAUGCAGUGCAUGGACAUUACUCCACGAAAUCCGAUGUAUUUAGCUUUGGAGUAAUUUUGUUGGAGAUUUUGAGUGGCAGGAAGAAUGCAACAUUUUGUGAGCCAGACUGCUCAUUGGACUUGCUUGGAUAUGCAUGGGAGUUAUGGAAUGAUGGGAGAUGCAUGGAGUUAAUGGAUCCAACAUUAGAUGGUUUAUGUCCAGAGAACGAUAUGAUGGUGUGCAUUCAGUUGGGUCUGCUGUGUGUUCAAGAAAGUGCAGGAAACAGGCCAAGUAUGUCAGAGGUUGUUUCGAUCUUCAGCAACGAAAGGGCGAGUUUAGCUAUGCCUAAACACUCUGCGUAUUCUACUCUUUUAAGUGCAGCAGAUUGUUCAAUUUCAACAAAGCAAACUCCUUAAAAUCAUGGUAACCUUGAUACAGUUUCAGUUAUGGAAGCAUGAUAACGGCUCUGAAAUUGUAUAUAACCAGUCUGGUACUGCUUGGAAAGGAAAAAAAAUUUUCUUACAUAAUUUCUAGAGCACAAAUAUUGGACUUAUAUAAGAUAAAUUUUUUAGUUCUCAUGUUGUACCUUAAAUCUGAUAACAACAUCAAA